AUGGCCAGCAAGAUGCAGGAGGAGGUGACCUGCCCCAUCUGCAUGGACAUCCUGAAGGAGCCUGUCACCAUCGACUGUGGACACAAUUUCUGCCUGGGAUGCAUCAGUCAGGUGGGGGAAGCUGCCGACAGCCUCCUGUGUCCUCUCUGCAAUGCUUCCGUGAGCAGGAGCACAUUCAGACCUAACAAGAUGUUGGCAAAUCUGGCCGAGAAAAUCCAGGCUAUGGAUCCUUCUGACUUCCAAGGAGGUGAUGAGCUGGGAUGUAAAAAACACAAGGAAAAGUUCCAUUACUUCUGUGAGGAGGACGGGGAGUUUCUCUGUUCUGUGUGUCGUGAUACCAAGGACCACAAAUCCCACCAUGUCAGCCUGAUAGAAGAGGCUGCCCAGAACUACCAGUGGGCAGUUUGUACCCAGGCCCGGGGGCUCCAGCAGCUGAGCUCUGGGAAAUGCCAGUCACUGCAUCUUAAUGAGGACGAACAGCAGAGCCUGGGACAUCUAGGCAACCAGUGCUGGGCCACUGAGCUGCAGUCCCAGGCUGACCUCACCUUGCCUAUCCCUGGGACAGAAAAAAACUGUCCCUUAAAGAUUUUGGUUGGACAGAUGAGGGGGACGAUUCAGUCUCAGGUGGACAUCUUGGGGCAGAAAGAGAAGGAAAUACUAGGAGAGACAGCUCGGGGAGAAAGCAUGAUCCGGGUCUUCAGGACCCGGAUGCAUCUGGAGAGACUAAAGAUCCUGGAUGAAUUCAAUAGUCUGAGGCAGAGCCUGGAGGAGGAGGAGAGCUUCCUCUUGGCCAGGCUGGGCUGGCUGGAGCAGGAGGGAGCCAAGCAGAUGAAAAGGUUUGUCACUGAUGCGCAGAAGCAGCUGAGCUUCCUCAGGAACCUCACUGAGUCCCUGGAGGCCAAGAAGCAAAUGGCGCCCAAACAGGUGCUGCAGGACAUCAAAGUCAUCUUGAACAGGAGUGAGAGAUUUCAGUUCAUCAACUCAACCCCAGCCCCUGGGGACCUGGCAAAAAGCAUAAGUGAAACAAAAUCAAGACAUGUGUCCAUCAUAGAAAGCCUGAAGGAGUUCAAAGACAGGCUUCAGGCUGAUGGGAAGGAAGAUCAAUGCAGAUUCCUGGACAGCUUGAAGGAAGAGGACAAGGAGAGCUCCCCUGUGACCCUGGAUGCGUCCUCAGCCCAUGAAGAUCUCACUCUUUCUCAGGAUUUGAAGACAGUGAGGCUGGAUGAUAGGACAGUGCAUAAGAAAGAUUCAAAUAAGAACGUGGACCCACAGCGCUUCUACCCUUCCUUCUCAGUACUGGGCUCCCCUGGCAUCUCCUCGGGCUGCAGGAUCUGGGAAGUUGAACUCCAAUGGGAUUGGUUACUGUUGAAAUUCCCAAGUUGCUGUGUGGUGGGCGUGGCUUCGGAGCUGGUGCCCAGACAAGGCCAUGUGACGGUGAAGCCUCUGAAUGGAUUCUGGGCUCUCCAGGUCUAUCCCUCCAGAUGCUGGCCUCUCACAGACAGCAGAACUCAGGAGAAUGUACACGUGUGUCUGAACAAAGUGGGCAUCUUUGUGAAUUAUGACUGCGGGGAGGUCGUCUUCUAUGACGCCACCACAAAUGAUCACAUCUACACCUUCCAUGCCUCUUUUACCGGGAAGGUCUUCCCCUUUUUCCAGCUCUUAGACACCUUCAGUCAGAUCACCCUGAUCCCCUAG